AUAUCUAGAAGUAAGCGUUCGUUUUAUUCGCAAUUUGUUGUAUGAAUAUGUAUGAAGCGUUGUCGAUUCAAAAAAUUCAACAUUUGAUGCAAUGCGGCAGCUUCCUUCGUUACCAAAGCACAGCCUCUUAGUGCUAAAGCUAAACUGGCUUCGCCACCGCCGGUGUGGGUAUUCAGCUAAUACUUGCCUUGACCUAAUCGCCAGUGCCGGCAAUCAUUUCCGCUCCAUGUGAACAAAGGUCCAUUUUCAACUACAUUCCUUCGCGUUCUUCGUAUAUCACAUCACGAUUUUUGUUAACAAUUAAGCUUAAAAUUCCCACCUUUCGUGCUACCCAACUCUAUGUCCAAACGACGAGCUCAUACCAAGUCUUCAAAUGGCUGCACACAAUGCAAAAGGAGACGGGUGAAGUGCGACGAAACACGGCCAUCAUGUGCAAUAUGUGCAAGAAGAGGUGAAUCAUGCAGUUACCUUUCGCAGCCAUCAAACCAGAUACAAGGCAGCUUGCUUGCUGGAUUCUCGGCUCAGACUUCACCCACAACUUCAGAAUUCGAAGAUGAUAACAAUAGAGCUCUAGAGCUAAGAUUGAUGCAUCAAUACUCAACCUCUACAUCCGUUAUUCUUUCCAAAGACUCGAGAGAUAUAAUGUUUUAUUGUGAUGUUAUGGUCAAUCACGCAAUUUCAAAUACAUUUCUGCUCCAUGCCAUUUUAACCUCCGCCGCUAUUCACAUGUCGACUAUUGAGACUGAAAAAUCCCAAUAUUGGGUUGCUACUGCCUUGCAGUAUCACAGUCGUGCAACACUUGGUCUCAAUGAAGCUUUGAAGAAUUACUCAUCUGCUUCAGAUGCAAUAUCUCUAUGUUCUCUGGCCAUGGUUAUAAAUUCUUUAUCUUUGUCAAGAGAGAGGUUGAAGGGCGAAGAAAUUGACCCUGUGGCUGAAUUACUUCAGACACGCAGAUUACUUCAGGGGCUCUCAGUCUGCUUAGACCAAACAAUAGGGGGUAACUUGUGGAGCGGUUCUUUCGAGGUUUGGAGGGAUCAAUUGAUCCAGAAAUCAUCCAAUCCGAAAGACACGGUUCAUAGGGACCUUCUCACACAUAUUGAUAACACAAACUCCAUCUUUGGCCAUAUGGGUAUAUUUCUGAGCCAGCACGAGAAGUUCCCAGAAUAUCAAUCCAAAAGUGAAGAAUUCAUCCAGACGAUACUACAUAAGACGAAUGAAAUGGCUACGUACAUAGCUUCCAUUGAAAGUGAACAUAAGAAUGAAUACUUGACUGCUUGUACAUCACUCUUCUCGUACAUGGAAAUUUUUCAAAUAGAACAGGGCGCUACCAUCAUAGCAUGGCCACUGGCAGCCAGCGAUCUUCUAGUAACCCUUCUGAUGAACGGUGACGACAUAGCAAUGCUAAUAUUUAUGCAUUAUGGAGUAGCUUUAUAUUUAUGUACAUUACAUAGUUUCUCAAAAGGCGCUGGAAAGCAUUUGGUAGAAAAAUUAUCGCGAGCACUCGAAGUAAAACGUCCGGAAUGGAUCGAGGUGCUACUUUGGGCAAGGGCCUCUGUUUUACGGGAUAUGUAAGCUUUGCUUUUGUGUAUUCACUUCACAUGCUCAAAGUAUUUCUUACCGUAUCUGUGUAUUAUAAUUCCACAUUCUUUGGCCAUAAGCAAGGCUAAAACACUAUAUAAGAAUAACUUUCUAGUAUGUCUUCGGCCUUGCACUAGGGUCGAAGACAAUGAGCAACAAAGCAAUAGAAUAUGAUAACCAACGUCAUCCCUUCUUCAAUCGUGCAAGCAGCCAGUCGCACUCCUUCAGCCUCAACUGUCAUUUAUACGCAUCGAAAGUAAUUUGAUCUUCGUCUCUCAAUUAUCUCCUGUCGAAAUCAUC